CCUGCCGACCCAACAAAUUCCUUCCCAGCAGGACUGCUGUUAACUCUCACACUUGUCCAGACAGCUGGCGCCAACCUGCCCCUCUUCCCUCCUUGGCGGCCGACACUGCCGCUUUACAACAAAAACAAUCAUGUCACCCGCCUUCAGUCCGCAAACCAUUGCCGAAGCAUGAAGAUGGAGGGUUAGCCAAUCCACUGGCUUCAAAGGAUCGGUGAGAUCAGUUGUUCUUGAGCAAGUCGACUGUCCGUGCCGAAGAACUUCAGUUAGAGUGCGCUCUACAGUCGAGUGGGUUAACUUUGAGGACUUUUCAAUUCGUUAGUGCCAAACAUUUUUUAAAGCAAGACUGAGUUAAUUAGUAAACGUGUUCUGUGAUUGAUGGUGAAAAACUUUUUUUGUAAAAGUGCAAUUUGUUUAAACUUCAUGGUAUUAUGACGAAUGGGAAUUUCAAGUUAAGAAUUAAAGUUUCUACAAUGACAACAUCGAUUCAUGAAGACAUCGGGUCCUGUUCGGCGUACGAUUACAUGGACCAUGAUGUCCACUCACCAACAGAUAGCAGCGAAGACAGCGUGGAAGUUAAAGUGUCCACCAUCACCUUAAAUCACAAAAAGAGGAAACUAGAGGAGGAUGCCAGAACACAGACAGCAUUUUCCAGACCUCUGAAAAAGCGGAUGUGUUUCAAACUGAAGGCGGAUGCAGACGAUGUUAGUGCCGGUAAAACUCCGUUCCGUCCUUGGAGCCCCGAUAAAAACAGUUCGUUGGAUCCUGUACUACAAUCAACAGCCCAGAAUUUUGCAGUGCCUUUUCCAAUUAAAGUAGAAAACAAUAGUCCGAUUCCUGUGAAACCUAGUGUUAGUGCUUUUUGUUAUUUUCGGCCACCGUCGCCUUUGCAAGUUGCUCAACAAAUCGAACCAGUGUCUCUUGUGAUAAAACGUGAAAAAGAUGACUCAUCAAGUACAAAAUCUGACGAUCUGAGGGUGCCCGCUCAUCCUCAGAUCACCAAACUUUCCACAGCGGAAACGGAGCGUAUGAUACUCAAAACUAAUGAACACUUUCCGACUUUGCAAGUGCGGCCACCAUCCUCAAACCCGGAGUCUUACAGUCCAAACGACAAAAGGGCUGAACAGAAACGAGAACAAAGGAAUUAUAAAAAUAUGACUAGAGAACGUCGGAUAGAAGCAAAUGCACGCGAACGUACAAGAGUGCACACAAUUUCUGCUGCUUUUGAUACUUUAAGACGCUCGGUACCAUCCUACUCACACAACCAAAAACUUUCGAAACUAUCAGUUUUGAGAAUCGCUUGCUCGUAUAUUAUGACAUUGUCGAGUUUGGUCCAAGAUGAUGAUUCGCAGACUGCCGAAGCUUCAACAUCGGAAUGUGUGGAUUUGGUAUCGCGAACAAUUCAAAGAGAAGGGAAAUUGCGAAAGAAGAAAGACGACAAUGAUUAAUCUGCCAACUGUUCAUUUGCAGAAUUUCCUCACGAGAAAUAACGUUCCUAAGUUUGUUUUUAAGUAAUCACAAAAUUACAUUUCAUUUGAUCUGGUAGGCCUACGGAAGAAAUUUAGUGUUUCAAAACAACAUAAUUAAGCUAUCUAGUUAUUAGAAUUGCCUGAAUUAGCUGUAACACUGUAAAACAAUCUCAAUUAAAAGAAAAAUAUUUGAUCUUCCUUAAGUUUGCUUUAUUGGUCUGAUGACGAUGACUGAAGAUGAUGAUUCGCAACUUCCGAAGCUUCCACAUCGGAAUCUAUGGAUUUAGUAUCGCGAACGAUUCAAAGAGAAUGCUAAUUUAGCAAAAAGAAAGGCAACGCUGAUUAGUAUGAAAAUUAUGCAUGCGCACAAUUUCCUGACGAGAAAUAACGUUCCUAAGUUUGUGUUAAAAGAAUGACAAAAUUACAUUUCAUUUAAUCUGGCCUACGGAAGAAAUUUAGUGUUUCAAAACAAAAUGAUAAAGCUAUCUAGUUAUUAGAAUCGCCCGAAUUAGCUGUAACAACACUGUGAAAGAAUCUCAAUUUAAAAAAUAUGUUUAAAGUUCAUUAAGUUUGCUUUAUUAUUUCUAAGUGUGUACUUAUUUUUGUAAAUUCUUGUAUAAUUUAUUUUUACAACAAAGAACCCCAUAUGUGUUAUUAUGAGCAAAAAAUCAGCAUUCUAUCAGAUUCUCGAUUAUAUUGUAACUCCACAUUUUUUCCAGUACAUUCUAGUUCAAAUGAGUGCUGUAGUACCUGUUUGUUAUCUGAUAGAUAUUGGCGAUCAUUUUUAUCUCUCUUGAAUGAUAAUUAUUUGAAUGAUUUAAUGACAUUUUUGAAAGAUUCUUAUCCUGCAGACAAUUGACUGCUUAUCUGGAAAACCAUAUACAUAAUGCAUUCUUAAUCAAAUAAGUUUGUUGUAUAACAUUAAUUUACUUCCUACCUAAUCGGUUUAUUAUUAAAUUAUUCAAUAUAUUUCAACGGAAAAUUUGGUGAUAAUUUUUCUGGGUUUUUCAAAUAUGUAUGUUGCCUUUAUGCUCAUUGUAAUACGUAUUUAUUUGACAAUAAAAAGUUAAAAACCUA